UACAGCCUCUGAUUGAGCUGCAGGUGUUUUCAAUCAGAGCAGAGUUGUGUUUAAGACCCAGCCUCUGCCUUUGGACAGUGAAGUGCUGCAAAGAGAAGAAGACAACAGUGAAGUGCUGCAGCUGAACUGCUCUUCGAAGUUAAACAUGGGACUCUGUUUACGGGUUGCUUGGAUCUGUGUACUUUGCAUCACUGGGAAUUGUUUUCCUGUUGACUACAGAGAUGACAACACAACUUCCUUCAGCUCAUCUGGAGCUCUUGAGUUUUCAGACCUUGAGUAUCUAGACAUUUCCCCUCCUGGAAAUGAGUCCAGUCUUGAAGCUACCAAUGGAGCAGCAGAGCCACUACCCACCCUGGAGCCAGAAGACCCAAACAUUACUUCUGAGUCCACCUUCACCAGCAGUCCUGUUUCUGCUCCAAGGGCUUCUCCCAGUGGGCCUUCCAGGAACACGGAGGACAAGAUCCCUGAUGCCUCAAUGCAAUCAAAACUGGUUUCUGGUGCAGGAGGUUUUGGUGCUGCACCACCCAGUCCCUGGUAUGGGUCACAGUUUUACCAUGAAGACAUGCAUGCUGGAUCUCAUCCCUACAGUUAUGAAAGCAGCACUAUGGGGUUUCCUCAUCACAGUUACACAGGAUCUCCUCCCUAUGGUUCUCCUUACAGCACUGCUUUUUCUCCUCACUACAACUAUGCUUACAGCUCAGGUGGAUCACUCCAUCAUGGUUAUGUUGCACCAGCAUAUCCUCCUUUUGGAUAUGGCACCACCAAAACCACUCCACCUUAUGGUUAUUUCCUUCAGCAGCAUCCAUUAAUUGACCCUGAAUUGUUGCUGAUAGGAAACCUCUUGAUGAGAAUUCGUCAGAUGCCACUGGCUCAGGCCUGGAGGAGUAGUGAAGAGUCUGUGGGUGCGAUUGAAGAAAAGUACCCUUUCUCUCAUGUAGUCCAGUCCAACAGCAAUUCCCAUCGGGAAAGAGACCUCCGUUCUAACAGUCAGUACUCUGAGAAGCCUUCAGACCACAGUCCAGAAACUGAAGUCCUGCAAAAACCAUCAAAUGUCCCAUUGCUGACUUCUAGAAGUAAAGGUUCUCUAUGAUAAAGCUGGACUUGUAUAAUAAAAAAAAUGGUGCUUCUAAAUGCGUUUCCAUUUCUUGUUUUGCUAAGUAGA